UGGACAACUACAGUGCUAACUUUGGGUUUUGUGCGCUACCUUGUUGUGUUAUGGAUUCCUAUGAUGUUAUAACAAACCAACCUGUCGUUAUAGAUAUAGGUACAGGUAUAUUGAAAGCAGGUUUCGCAGGUGAUCAAGUACCAAAGUACCGAUUUCCAAAUUAUAUUGGCCGUCCAAAACAUGUUAGAGUUAUGGCAGGUGCUCUUGAAGGUGAUGAUUUUAUUGGUCCUAAAGCAGAGGAACAUCGUGGUUUAUUAAGUAUACGAUAUCCUAUUGAACAUGGUAUUAUUCGUGACUGGAAUGAUAUGGAACGUAUUUGGGCUUAUAUAUAUGGCAAAGAUCAAUUGAUGGUCAAUAGUGAAGAACAUCCAGUUUUAUUGACAGAAGCUCCACAUAAUCCAAAAAGAAAUAGAGAGAAAAUGGCAGAAAUAUUCUUUGAAACUUUUAGUGUACCUGCGCUUUACAUUUCAAUGCAAGCGGUAUUAAGUUUAUAUUCCACUGGACGAACUACAGGUGUUGUAUUAGAUUCGGGUGAUGGUGUAACUCAUGCUGUACCUAUCUAUGAAGGUUAUGCUCUUCCACAUGCUAUUGAACGUACAGAUUUAGCUGGUCGAGAUGUAACACGUUUUUUACGUUUAUUAUUACGUAAAGAAGGUGCUGACUUUCAUACAACAUCAGAAUUUGAAAUUGUUCGCCAAAUAAAGGAACGUGCAUGUUUUAUCAGUUUAAAUCCAAGUAAAGUUGAAGCAAUGGAAGCAUUAGCUUCAUAUCCAUUACCAGAUGGUUCUACAUUAGAAAUUGGUCCAGCACGUUUUCGUGCACCAGAAUUAUUAUUUCGACCAGAUUUAAUGGGUCAAGAAUAUUUUGGUAUUCAUCAAGUAUUAGCUUAUGCCAUUCAAAAAUCCGAUAUGGAUUUAAGACGUAUGUUAUAUGAAAAUAUUGUACUGUCAGGCGGUUCGACGCUUUUCAAAGGUUUUGGUGAUCGUCUUGUUUUAGAAUUAAAACGUUUAGCUCCAAAAGAUGCACAUUUACGAAUAUCUGCACCACAAGAACGUUUAUAUUCUACAUGGAUUGGUGGUUCUAUUCUAGCAUCAUUAGAUACAUUUAAACGUAUGUGGAUAUCUAAAAGAGAAUAUGACAGUGAAGGUGCACGUGUUCUACAUCGUAAACUUCUUUAAAUGAUAAACAAAACACAAUUAUUCAUUCUUUCAUUUUUCUAAUUGAUCAUCUCAAUUGGGAACAACAACAACAAAAAGUAUUACUAACUCAAAGGAAAAUGGUUGUAUGUGUUGUGUAUAUUCAUGAAUAUAGGAUCUGUAUUUUCAUUUAACACAUGGACACACACACACAGUAACGUCUAAUCUUUCUUGUUCUUCUCUUAUUUACUUUGACCUAUCCUACUUGUAAAACAACCAUAUUUAUUGUCAUCAUAAUGAUAGUUGAAUUAUUUGUCAUUCCUUUUAAUUGUGCGUGUGUGCGGGAGGGGAGGGGUUGUUUUAUUUUUUGAAGCGACGUCCCAGUUUUUACACCAAGACCAUAAACACCGUACGUACGUGUGUGUGUGUGUAUGUAUCCGUCCAUAUCUCUCACAUGUUGUUUUCUAUUUUUUUUCCUUUCCUUAACUAACAGUAACCUCCAUAUGUACUUCUAUCUGAAGGAGUGAAAGAAAGAAUAUCUUCAUCAGUUUCGAUUCUUCUCAUCUCAUUCUGUUCUAUUUUUUUUUAUUCAUUAAUGGAUACUUUUAAUUAAGAGAGAAAAGAAGAAAAAAAUAAAGAGAUAAAAAAAAUUGAAAGAAACCUUAUCUUCUUCACCUAUUGGUUAGUAUCCGUGGUGACUAUUUCACUGUGUUUAUUUCUAAGUAAGUUCAUUGUUUAUUUUGUUUCUAGGUUCAUAUAAAAGUUUUUUAUUCUAUAAAUUAAUACAAACUUUAUUCCAUUUUAAUUUUGAAGGUUGUUGUUUUCUCUCUUCUUUUUUUCUUCUUGGGCUUGUCUCUGUUUUCUUUUCGUUUUUUCUUCUUUUCUAUUUAUAAAGGUUUCAAUGGAAAUAUAUAUAUAUAUAUUCUCCGGUGUUGUGUUACCCCCCCCCUACUUGUUUAUCCUCCUCUUCUUCUUCUGCUUUGUUAAUUUUCUCUACCGCAACAUAUGAAUUGCUUACUUAAAUCACUAGCACACACAUACACAAACAAAAGAAAACAAUAUGCUUUAAAUAUUGUGACGGAUUUACUUACUCUUGUGUAAUUCUAUUUUAUGUAUAUUCGUCUAUAUGGAUGAAUUAGCUUUUAUUUCAUUAUUACAUAAUAAUAAUAAUAAUCUGAUCUUUACAUAUCUCUGUUUAAUGUCGAAAACAGUAACAACAACAAUAACAACAAAAAACCAUAAACAGUCUCCCUUAAAGAUAUUCUCAUUUCAUUAUAUGUAUAUGUAGGUUAUGUGUGUAAUGAAAUAUAUAUGGGUUUGAUGAGUAAAUGAGAUUGUGUUCAUUUCAAGUUUAAAGAAUGAGAGAGAGAGAGAGUUAGAGGGUAGGGAAGUUUCUAGAAGACUUUAUUUCGAUAAUGCAAUAAAAGAAUAUGAAGUUUAUCAGAAGGGGUUUUUGUGUAGAUUGUAGUAAUUUCAAUAGUAAAUUGGAGGCUAGACCACUAUUGAAAACUUGGAAGCACUGGAUGACCAUUUUAUUCUAUUGUGAGACUCUUCAGCAUUGUACGCAUCCAUGAUUCUGCUCACAGGAUUCGAACCCAGGGUCUUCAGUCUCGUGCGCGAACGCUUAACCUCUAGACCCCUGAACCUUUCAGCAUCC